AUGGUCCAUACUUGCACAUCCCGCGACUAUACAGUCGAAGAGAUCACCCAAGUAGGUCGUAAGGGCCGCUCCCAUGGCCACAAGUACGACGGUGCGGAUUUUGACGAGUCAAUGGCCCAAGGAGGACACGACGUCAACAAGAACGACGCCGAUCUCCGACAACGUCUAACAAAACCCGAGCUAGCUCGGGGUCUGCGUCAAAAAGACGGACGGCGUCGAAGACUGGACAUUUUCACCAGCCUAAAAAUCCGAGGGGGGCACAUGGCAAGACUUAAAUUUUGA